GCGUUCUGACACUAUGUUUGGUAGUGCUGACAGGUGGCUGUGAGCUGAAGCGAGUUCAGCAGGGAUCACCGAGGAGCUUUUCACCCAGUCAUUUCUCGAUGGCCUUCUCUUGCCCGCUGUUGACGCUUUCUCGCCGCCGCCGAGCAACCCGAUGAUGGAUAUGCUGCAGGAACACGCCGAUCGCCCGACCACACCGAACGGCGCUCCCGCAUACAGCUUCACUGGUGAGGCGCACUGGACCCAUUCCACCAGCUCACACAGCGCGUGCGCUACGCGAAGACGGCGGGUUUGCUGGACCGGGUAUGGGUUGGCCUGGUUGGGGACUCGAGUGCUCACGCUGCGGCUCAUCUGGAACCUGCGCAGCAUCCACGAUGAGGAAGGGAAGAAAGAGCCUUUUCACGGAUGACUCGUGAGUCGGACCUGCUACUGCCUCUGGCGGUUUCCGCGCAGGUCAACAAUGUGAACAUGAUCGAGCGGCUGUUCGGUUCUCCAACAUGCAGUCUGACCGGGCGGUGGCGUCUGACACGGUGUGGCAAGCGACAUAUGACGCAGUGAGUCAGGCCACGUGCUUGGCCAACGGCUUACGAUUUUCCACAGAUUGCGUUUUGGAAUCCGUCGAGCGGGACGACCGUCGACGUGCUGCGAUGCUAGCCAGGUUCUCGCCAGCGAUUCUCAUGGUGUUCAUGUGUGAUCAUGGGGAACAGGAUGCGGUUGAUGUCGCCGAGGAGGAUGGAUGGAUGAUGUUGCAGAAAAUUUCUCCGGCCUCAAAGUCGUUGGCUGAGCAAGCAAAACAUGUACGUUGAUACUCGGUCACCGACGUCAAACUCAUCAAACGACUGGGUAUCUUACGCUCCCAAUAUCUUGCGGCAUGUUACGUGAUGCAUCCGACGACUGAGAAGUGCGACAUUAUCAAGAUCGAAGUUGACAUUCACCUCAUUGGCCAGGUCAAAGCGUAGAAGCUGGAUGGCACCUCAGUUCCAGGGAUUCAUUGAGUCCAUUGUUGCAUCAAGUUGGCGCUCAACUCUACGGCCGAGGCAGCUGUUCUGAGAAAGGACGAAGCCUUCAAGGAAGCAGCAGGGGACGACAAUGGGAUCAACAGUCCUACAUCGGUCAGCGCGUUGCAAGGCAAGGCUCGAUAGGCCAAAUGCGACUGCGAAACCAUCUGCAGUCUUGACCUGCCCGACCUGCCUUGACGUAUUUUCUCUACCUCGUUAUCUUGCAUCCACAAAUAUUGUAUUCAUGCCAGUGAUAAUAUCAUGCCUGAGCUCAGGCCAGAGUUCCGAAAAUAUGCAAAAUUCGUAGAUAAACGUGAUGGAAUACUCGUAGAUAGUUAUCCAUGUCCUUCUCGUUUACCUGACUUGCUGUUCUUCUUGCUCAAGGAUUCGGCAAGUCUU